AUGCCUCAUCACGGCCAGUAUCUCUACGGUUACAUUGCAGAUGUAACAUAUCGCUGCUGGUGGGACCACAGGCGCACCUGCUGGGGUCGUUUCAUCAUCCCGGAUACGCUUCUCGAACCAUCGUCGACAUCUCAGUCGUCAGCACUUGUGAGACUCCCUCCUGAGCUUCUCCUUUCAAUAUUUAAGGAUCUCGAUCCUUUCGGGAAGGUCUGUCUAGCCCUCGCCUGUAAGAACCUCUUACGCGUGUCAUGCUUGGUCAACAUACAAUUGCCUUCAGCCAUCAAACAUCGACAACUUUGUCUGCCUAGCUGCGCGGCAAUGCGCUACCUUCUGAACCUUGUACACCCAGUCAAGCCCGGCGGUAAACCCAGCAGAGCGGUAGCCAUCUGCUAUUAUUGUUAUCGAUAUCAACCUACGACGAAGAGCCACUGGAAGCAUGAACGGGGAAAAUUCCUUAGUGGACAUCCGAUCUUGAGUUUGGUUGACGAGGGUAUCGAAUCUUGGGGAGAUCAUUCAUCCACUCAAUGCCCCGGAUGUUUAACGAAAGAACUACUCAACAAAGAGAAUUCCUAUGCUAAGGAAUCAAACGGAAAGGUAAAAGUCGAAAAAUAG